GCUUCCUCUUGACAGAGCGACAUUACCCAUGGUUGGCUAUUAGUGAAUGGUGUAGGCCUAACUAAUUUGCCUAGUUAAGCCGUCCAGUUGGUAUAUCUUUUUUGUUGAAAUGACAGUUGGCCUAGACAGACUACAGAAAUUUUCUUAAACAAGAAACGUGUUGUUUCAGAACAAACUUUAAGGUCCAAAUAAAUGUUGUUGAUACUCAGGAACAACACGUAGGCUAAUUUCCAUAUCUCCCACCUUCCGUUGAGGAGCGUUGUGAGAUUUGUAAUUCAAACCAAACGCAGGAAAUCUGUGGUAUUGAACUGAAGAUGGAAGGAGCAGCGACGCAAACGGGCACUGCGUCUACUAGCAGCAGUUGCAGUGAAAACUUCUCCACUUCUACUUUGGCAUACGACAGGGAAUUCAUUCGCACAGCUCCGGGGAUCCUCGUUGUCGCAGAGAUAGUGUUUGGUCUGAUUGUAUGGACACUGAUAGCAGGGACGGAGUACUUCCGGGUGCCUGCCUUUGGGUGGGUCAUAUUUGUGGCCAUCUUGUACUGGGUCCUGACUGUCAUCUUCUUCAUCAUCUACCUCACCAUGGUCAAAAGGAUCCCCCAGGUCUCCUGGAAAACAGUGGGCCUGUGCUUCAACGGCAGUGCCGCGGUCAUGUACGCGGUCGCCACAGGGGUGGAUGCGGCUUCAAUCAGUAAGGAUGCUAGGGGCCGCUACAACUACAACUGCUGGACAGCAUCCACGUGCUUUGCCUUGCUGGUCACACUCUGCUAUGCUGGAAGUACGUAUUUCAGUUUUAAGUCAUGGAGAUUAAGGGAGGAGGAACAAUAAAAACCAAAAAGAAAAGACAUCUAUAGUGUGUAAGUUUACGCAACCUAUGACGGCUCUGGAAAACUACAGAUGGAUAAGUUCAACAACCGCUUUUUCCCUUUGGAAUACAUUUCCAUUUAGUUUUCUUUCAGUUUUCUCCUGAAGUUGUGGUGUGUUUCAUCUGUUUGAAUGACAGAACCUUAAGUUCUGUGACAUAAAUAUAUAUAUAUAUAUUUUCACACUCAUUACAUUUUAAAAAACAUUAUUCGAAACAGUAUUUCUAUCAAAAUGAAAAGAAGUGCCUAUGCUAAUGUUCGGAAGCGGUAGAUCAAAGCUUUUCUGGUCCAAUAACAUUCAAAUGGAUUGGACAGUAACAUUGUGCCACACACUAGAUGGUGCUAAUAUACAACACUUAUAAGCGUUGCUUAUGAAGAACAUUACAUUCAACUACCAUUUAGAUUAUUCCUGAAGAAUGACUGCACACACAUGAUAUAUUAGAUUAUAAGCAGUUAACCUGAAUGAAAAUGUAAUUAAAAAACCUCAGUUUUAGUACAUGAUUUGAAAUGCUGCCCAGGUUUUCCAUGAGGGAACAACAUGUUGGGACAAAGAGGAUUUAGGGAUUCUGGACAGAAUAAACACAAAGCACUGCCUGUAGUUCAACUACUGCAUGUCUACAUAUUAUAUUUCAUACAUAACUACGGAGAGAUUAGCACACCUUCAGCAGGUAAAGACCAGACUGCUGGUUUGUUCUGAAGUCGGCCUUGUCACCUGCUCUUUACCCAUGUGGUGGCAGAGCACAAGAGAACUGGUCAAUAUGUACUUUGACUGGAAGCAGCUGAGGAGGCUUUUCACAUUGGUUGUUUUGACCAGGCACAUUUAUACAGACAGAGUUAGAGUCAGAGAAUAUGAUGGACUGACAUUGAACUAGUCGGCUCUGCCAUCAUUAUAACAAAAUGUUUGUUACUCACUGAACUACAGAGUUAUGCAUUGUUGCCAUCAUGUAUGUACUGAAGUCCAAAACUGAAUAAUAAUAAAAUAAAAUGUACCAAAUCCACCUAAACUAAAAUCACUCAUCACUGCCGCAAAAAAGUGAGCCGAUCCAGCAGCUCCCCCGAAAGAUGAUUGAUUUUCAUUGAUUUCCUGGAAGUAACUCAAUAUGUUGGUGAGCAAUGAACUUAUUUUCACAUUAUAAUAUUUCCAGAGCUGUCUAGUGGCUCAGGCUUCUCCCCUCCGACCUCGGCAAACAGCAGCGUUACACUAUCUCUCCCAGACACCCUCACGUUGAAUGAAUAAUGAUGGGGCAGUGUAGUGGGUCAGUGGCGUUUGCCUGGACACGGUCAAUGUUCACCCUUGAUGUACGUGUUGCUCUCCCACACUCUGGGGCUGUGCUGUGUCCCUCAUCAGAAGAAGCAAAGGGCUGGUCCCUGGCCUGCCUCGGCACAGAUGA